AUGAAGAACGCAGUCAACCAAGUCAAAAUCAUCCGUUAUCUCAAAACCCUUCGGCCGGCCCCUGCGGUAUUCGAUCAACUCUACUACGUCAGCGAUGUAGUUAUAGCCAAGAGUGAUCAAUGCAUUUCAACAUACCUAUUCGAUCAACUCUACUACGUCAGCGAUGUAGUUAUAGCCAAGAGUGAUGAAUAG